AUGUACAACUACCUCGAAUUCAAUGUAACGGGAGAUGAAACGCUCGCGCAUCCCGAGAUCGAGUGUCACCGCUACUGCUCUGCGUACAACGCGCAACUUCGUAACAAGGUCCCUGAGCUGGAGGCGAAAUACUGGAUCAAUCCCUCUCGUUCCCCCUUCCCCGGUGAUACUAAACAACAACCGUGCAUCGCUUUCGCUCAGGACCCGCCAUCUCCACCGCUUGUCGUUGUCCGAGCCUUUUCCUCCGUUAUUUCCCGUGAUGUGUGCGCGUGUGGAUGGCACGUGCGUGCAUGUGGAUGGCACGUGCGCGCGUGUGCAGGAAUCUGCACGUGCUUCAACGCGGACGCGUGUGUCGACGAGUGGAGCUUCAGCCCCGCUUGGAUGGAGCCUGCAGAGGGUCUGGGCACGGACCGCGUCGAGCCGGCUUCCAACUGGACCUUCACGCUUCCCUCCCUUCUCCCACCCGUCGCACCUUCAGGCCGGCCAAAUCGCAACUACGCGUUGAUAUCCGAUGCGCACGUCCACGUCAACGCGUUCUUCGGCGGGCGCUACGGCGUCUGGGCCAAUCACGCGAAGGCGCUGACGUGGAUUAGAUCUCUCGCCGUCAUGACCGGCCACCACCUCCUCAUCUUAGACGCGCGCCGCGGCGCCUCCGCGGAAUACGGCAACGGCUACUUAGCUCGUAUGGUGGUUGAUGGCGGAGUUAGGGAGAUAGAUACCCCUGGAACUAGUGCUCAGCUAUGGCCGGGAGCCGAGCUAGCGUGGGUUGUGGGGGGGAAGCGAGACGGGAACGACCUGAUCGACGUCUACGAACUGAGAGUGGCGAAUGUGGUAACCCUUCGCGUCACGCUGCGACCAGAAAUCGCGGCGAUGCGCACGGCGACGGAUGGGACAGUGCACAUGUCGAUCGGCGUGGAUUGGGCGAGUCUUUCACCGUCCGUGCACGGAGUGCUGGGUCAGACGUUCCGACCUGACUUCAUCGGACGGCUAGCCCAGCAGAAGCUAGUGCACAGCGAUCUGUUACACGAGGACGUGGUGCCGGGAGACAACGCGGAGGGCUUUAUCGACGGCACGGUCAAGGACUACCAGGUGUCAGCUCUCAGCAAGGCUGACUGCCGCUUCUGCCGCUUUGCCCGCGCACAGCUCGUGGACGAGGAGAUGGCACGGGCGCUGGAGCUCACAGGGGGGUUCUUGCACCCAGGUGUCGGGGUAGUGGGCGGCGGUGGGUAUGGCAUGAAAUUAAGAGGCGAGGCGUUCUCUUCUGGGGAGACUCUGUUGAUGGAUGCUGAGUGA